AUGAACCCCAACUCCCAGUCCUUCCUCGCCGGCGCCCGCUCCGCGCUGGCUCCGGCCUACGAGGUGCUCAAGGAGGAGCACGAGGUGUCUGUGCUGGGGGGUCCCCAGGGCGCGAUGCCCGCGAGGACCACGACCGUGAUCAACGUCCAGACGGACACGGUGGUGCCCGACCACAUCGUAUGGUCCCUGUUCAACACCCUCUUCUUCAACCCCUGCUGCCUCGGCUUCGUGGCCUUCGCCUUCUCCGUGAAGUCUAGGGACCGGAAGAUGGUGGGGGACGUGAUUGGGGCCCAGAGCUAUGCGUCCACCGCCAAGUGCCUCAACAUCUGGGCCGUGGUCCUGGGCCUCCUCGUGGUCCUGGCCGUCAUCGUCGCGGUCAUCGUGGUUUUCACCACUUCUCUGAACCGCGGCUACGUGGGGUCCUUUCACCUGCCCCAAGACUGA